CCCAGCCUGCCCGCACUCGGGAUCGUGCCCUGGCUCCUCCUCCAGCCGCCCCGUGACGGUCCCAGGGGUGACAUUACCUGCCCAACCUGCGCUGCGACACCCGGUCCCACCCCUUGAGUCAAGCGGCCGCGCUGUCGCCAGCUCGGCCUCUCCGUCCCCGCUGUCCCGGACCCUCCGCUGCCCCGGACCCCCUCGCUCCCGGCACAGAGGAACCGUCGGUCGCUCCGUGCCCUCCCUCGGCGGCGCCGGGAGCCCGGCCCGCCCCGCCGGGUGCUCGAGGCUCGGCAGCGGGAAGGAGGAAAGGCAAAGGCAGGGCGGCCCUGCAGGGCGGGCGGCGACAUGGGCAGCGCCGAGGAGGAUUAUAACUUUGUCUUCAAGGUUGUGCUGAUCGGGGAGUCUGGGGUGGGAAAAACAAACCUGCUGUCUCGUUUCACCCGCAACGAGUUCAACCACGACAGCCGCACCACCAUCGGCGUGGAGUUCUCCACGCGCACCAUCCUGGUGGGAGACGCCGCGGUGAAGGCUCAGAUCUGGGACACGGCCGGGCUGGAGCGCUACCGCGCCAUCACCUCCGCGUAUUACCGGGGGGCUGUGGGCGCUCUGGUGGUGUUUGAUAUCACCAAGCACCAGACGUACGAUGUGGUGGACCGCUGGCUGAAGGAGCUCUACGACCAUGCUGAGGCCAGCAUCGUUGUCAUGCUGGUGGGGAACAAGACUGACCUUGCACAGGCUCGAGAGGUGCCCAUGGAGGAGGCCAAAAUGUUUGCAGACAACAACGGGCUGCUGUUUGUUGAGACCUCGGCGCUGGACUCCACCAAUGUUGAGGAAGCAUUUGAGACCAUCCUGAAGGAAAUCUUCCACAAAGUGCAGAAGCAGAAGCAGAGGAGCAGCCAAAGCAACACGGUGUCACUUGCAAGUGAGAACCCUGCAAGCACAGCCCCAGCACAGGCAGAGAGGCGCCCAUGCUGCGUGGCCCUCUGAGCACCCCAGGAUGUCCCCAGGGACCCCCACAACCCCGGGACACCCCAGUGGCCACCAGCACCCGCUGGUGUCACCCUGCCUGCAGUGCCACCCCUGUCCUGGUGCAGUGGGGUCCAGCAGCCUGGACAGGGGUUGAAUUGUGCCAUAAACAGUGAGAAGCACCAGUUCCAGGAGCUCUUCUCUCUCUGUUGCGUUUUUGCUGGGCCCUGAUUAGCAUCACCACUGUCACGCUCCGUUCCAGCCCUUCUGGACCUGCAGGGGAAUAAUGACCAGGACACCCUCUGGGGAAGAAGCCAGUAGGUUCUGGGCAGGAUCAUGCCAGCAACAGGAGCCUCUCUGAUUACCUGUGGCCCUGGGGGUGCUCCUGUAGGGCCACCCUGUGCCCUGCACUGAGGAUGAGGCUGACCUACAGGUGUCUGUCCCACCAGCGACUGCCCUGGGGUGUGAAGUGGCAGCACUCAGCCCUUGGCUGUCCCAGCAGGGCCCGGUGCCACGGGGCAGGGAGCAGCUCUGUGUCCAGCAGGGG